AUAUUCUCACCCUCUUUUUUUCCUUUUUGUACUCCUUCAAAAGCCCCUCCCUUUCUCUCCCUCUCACGCCAAACCCUAACCCUAAUCCUCCAGAUGAUCUUUGAUCUUCAAUGGGGAACUGGAUCUUCGCCCGCGCCGCUGUCCGGCGCCGGGUGGAAGACCACCUGACGCGGCCGCGGCGUCUCUCUCGGCAGCUCUCCAAUGUGGAUUACAAGAAGCUCCGAAAGCUCAUCGUUUCCGGCAAGCUCGCCCCCUGCUUCGAUGCUCUCGAUGAUGCCUUCUUUGAUGACCUCGAGGAAUGCCCCAUUUGCUUCUUCUAUUAUCCGAGCUUGAAUCGAUCUCGAUGCUGCGAGAAGGGAAUAUGCACUGAGUGUUUCUUGCAGAUGAAACCAACAGAUGUUUCUCAGAAAAUUCAAUGUCCAUACUGCAAAUACUCAUGCUAUGCAGUUGAGUAUCGUGGUGCACGAACCACAGAGGAGAAGGACAUCGAUUUAGCUGAAGAACAAAAGGUCAUUGAAGCAAAAAUGAGAAUGCAGUUUGAAUCUCAAAAUGAGAAGAACAUCUCACUGCCUGAUCAAAGCCAUCUAAUUAGCUCUGAAGUUCAAUCUCCGGCAUCAACAAAUGCCGAACAAUCUGGUGAUGUUAAUGGAAGCAAUGUAGAAGAUCAAAAUGGCACUCUAAUACAAGAAAGUACAGAAAACAAUUACUCUUUGACUCGAAACAUAUGCCGUGCAAGAUGCAGACAUGAAAGGGUUCAUACAAGUCUUGAAGAAGUCAUGUUGAUGGAAACCAUAUGGCAAUCUAUUCAGGAUGCAAGAGUGGAUCGAAGCGAAAACAAAGAGCCUUCUGAAUCAAGUGACACAAUUGAAUCUCAAAUUGAAAUGAAUCCAGAGCUUAACAACAGCAAAAUUUCUGCAUCUUUUGAUGAUGGAGAGUGUCAUUCAUCGAAAUCAUCGUCACCGGAUAAUAAUUCCCCGCAAGAUAAUCCAUUGAAGGUCAUCGAUGUCGUUGGCUCAAGUAAUUCUACUUCCACUUCAUAAUCUUGUGAAUAAUAAUUCUCUCUAAUUAUUUCCAACUCUAUCAUUUGAUCUUGAAAUUUGUUGUAUGUUGUAUGUAUUAUGUUAUUUCUUUCUCAUUUUUUCUGUAUAUUUUAAAUUUAAUAAUGAAAUCUA